GUCACAGAUCCACGACGCGCGUACUCAAGCUUUGUGGGCUUUCUCAUCUACCACCAUGUCUCGAACGUCCUACGACAGAUAUCUCACCAUAUUCUCUCCGGAAGGGCGCCUAUAUCAAGUUGAAUAUGCUUUCAAGGCCAUUUCUGGAUCUGCUCACACGGCAAUUGCUGUUCGCGGAAAGGACACCUCUGUCGUGAUCACUCAGCGAAAAGUUCCCGACAAGCUCUUGGACGCGUCAAGCGUCACACAUCUCUUCAGUAUAACACCAACAAUCGGAUGCGUGAUGACGGGACUCAUUGCCGAUGCUAGAGCCCAAGUCACUCGAGCACGCUCGGAAGCUGCUGACUUUCGAUACAAGUACGGGUACGAAAUUACGCCGGACGCUCUCGCAAGACGAUUGGCCAAUAUCAAUCAGGUUUACACCCAGAGAGCAGCCAUGCGACCGUUGGGCAUAUCCAUGAUACUCAUUGGUAUAGAUCCUGAAUAUGGGGCUCAAUGUUUCAAGCUGGACCCCGCUGGAUAUUUUGUCGGCUUCCACGCGACAGCCGCUGGGCAAAAGCAGCAAGAAGCCAUGAAUCACCUAGAGAAGAAAUGGAAAAAGCUAGACUCUGGGCGAGGCGCCGAUGAUGCUGCGAAAGCCGGCAAGAGCUUGAGCCGAGCAGCAGUAAUUGAGAUGGCCAUUGAGGUUAUGUCUACCGUUCACGCGACAGAUUACAAGCCAGGGGAAAUUGAGAUUGGUAUUGUGUCGGAUGCACCGGAGGAGGAUGUGAAGACAAGAGGCCAAUGGCGCGUAAUGGGGGAGACAGAGAUAGAACAACAUCUACUUGCGUAUGCAGAGAAGGAUUAAAUGUCUACGGAAGACUUGACGACGAUGAUUGUAAUUAUUUUGCAUCACCACAACGAUGCACCUCCACUCU